ACUUUGGUACCUCAAAAUUCAUUUGAAAAUGAAAGUAUGAAUUUCAGAAAGUGUGUCUUUACAUCCAAAAUGCAAAGCAGACAAAUGGGCAUCUCAGGGAAGAACAUGACCAAAAGCACCAGCAUCAGCGGGGACAUGUGCUCGCUGGAGAAGACCGAUGGCAGCCAGUCCGACACUGCGGUGGGCACGUUGGGCACCAGCGGCAAAAAGCGGCACUCUAGCAUUGGGGCCAAAAUGGUAGCUAUUGUUGGUCUCUCCCGGAAAAGUCGCAGCGCCUCUCAGCUCAGCCAAACGG